CUUACAGCAUGCAGGCUAAAUACAGAGAAAAGUAAAUACCACGACAUUUUCAGAUUAUUUUUUUUACUUGUAUUUGUCAAUGUUAUGUUAUAAAAAUGCGAGUAUGGAGUUACCUUAAGGAUGCAAGACUGUGAAUACGCUCAGGACUUAAUGAGAAAAGUGCUGCGAAUGCACAUAUACUCCAAAGUUGCGUAUACUGAAAUCUGCAGAAUCAUAGAUACAUUCGAGGAGUCAACAACAAAUGACCAUGGACCAUUUGCUUUUGUCUGCAAUGAUUUGGAAUUGAUAUGCGAAACGUCUUUAGAAAUAUACACUUCGAUGACGAUGUUUCAUAAAACAGAAAAAGCAGUCUUUCCAAGAGAUGGUCACUUGUACCGCUAUGACGUCAUUAACACAAGCUCUGCUACACCGGUAAAUAGUGAUGAAGUAAUUACAGCAGACGGCUGGGAAAUGCAAAGAGUCGUCAUCGUCGCUAACGGCACUCUACCAGGACCGACAAUUACUGUGUACGAGGAUCAAACCUUAAUAGUUCAUGUCAAGAAUAAUUUAUAUUCCGACACGGUGACCAUUCAUUGGCACGGUCUUCCACAGAGAGACACACCCUACAUGGACGGGGUAGGCUUUGUGACACAGUGUCCUAUUCAUCCAGGACAAACUUUUACAUACACUUUCAAAGCUAGACCGAGCGGUACACACUGGUAUCAUUCCCAUGUUGGAGCACAGAGAGCAAAGGGCUUGUACGGUGCACUGAUUAUUAAAGAGCGCCAUCCACCACACACUGUGCAUGGAGUGGCUGAAGAAUUUGUGAUGCAGAUUCAGGACUGGAAUCAUGACUAUGAUGUAGACCAAGCUUUUCUUUAUUCUGAUGUCGGUGUCUUCCUGAAUAGAACACAAUUCCAGCCCUCGGUGGCGCUGGAUGGUUCUAAAUUCAGUCUUUGGUACGCCGAGUCAGCUCUAAUAAAUGGAAAAGGGAGGUAUUACCAUCCAAUUACUCGAGUACAUAAUGAGGCCCCUCUCGACGUGUUUAACGUUGAUGGAAACAAACGCUAUAGAUUUCGCGUUAUAAACGCUGCAGCAAUGUAUCCAUAUAGAAUCUCCAUAGACAGUCAUCCUUUGACAGUUAUUGCCACUGAUGGCUAUUACAUAAAACCAGUAGUUGUAGAAUCAGUGAUUAUACAUCCAGGAGAGAGGUUCGACUUUGUCAUUCAUGCUAACGAAUCCAUCGGAAACUACAUGAUUAGAGGACAUACAUUAGAGGUCAACAGACGCACUAUUGCCGAUGCAAUUUUACGUUAUAAUGGAGCAGAUCAGGCUUAUAAAAACAUAUCGUCAACUGAAGCGCAAUGUCUUACAUCGAACAAGUGCUUGGUGUUAAAUUGCCCAUUUUCCUUUUAUCCGAAAGAGCAGAAUAUUCAGUGUAUAACAAUAGAUAAUAUCAAAAGCUAUGCUUCUGAUGGCGUGCCAGAAGUUAAACCAGAAGCCUUUCAUGAACACUUCCUUAACUUUGCUUUUCCAGGACCAGAUUUAUUCCCCGACACAGUUAAUGGUAUAGGGUUUAAGUUUCCGACUGUAUCAGCAAUAUCUCAGCCUAACGAAGUUACAGAACAAUGCUCAAAUGCUGACUGUGGGGAGGAAAAUAUAUGCAUUUGUACCCACAGUAUCGACUUGAACCACAAAGACACCAUUCAAUUUGUGUUUUUGAACAUGGGAAAAGGAAAAAGUUGGUCUCAUCCAAUUCAUAUGCAUGGUCAUUCUUUCCAGGUUCUGAAAAUGGGAUAUGGUAACUACAACAUUUCAUCUGGAGAAUUCGUUUCACAAAAUUUAGACAUAGACUGUGGUGGGGGAACCACCCAAGAUCAGAGUUUUUGCAAUAACGCCACGUGGAGUGACCAAUCAUGGAGAAAUGGAAACAUACCUGGUCUUAAUUUGGUGGAUCCUCCACACAAAGACACGGUUAUCGUCCCUAGCGGUGGCUACGUGGUGGUGAGAAUCAAGGCCGAUAAUCCAGGAUUGUGGAUGAUACAUUGUCACGUUCAGCUUCAUUCGGUGGACGGAAUGAGUUUACUUCUGAACGAAUCUUUUCCUCACUUACCGGCUGUCCCUGAAGGUUUCUCUAUUUGUAGAAACUUUGGAAAUUAUGGACCCCGGAUUCCACCAGUAUUGGACGCUGACAAAGACUCCAAAAAUAGCAUGGCCUCCCUCUCAGUUUCACUUUGUUUCUGUGUUUUACUUUCAUUAGUAACUUACUUCUAUCUAGAAAUUCAGAUAUACUUGUAACUAAAACUCCAACAAAAUAGUGUUUAUAUCAUGAAUGGAUGAAUGUUGUUAAUUUGUAUCGGUUACUUUUUUAGUUUGUGGAAAUCCUUUCUUCCAUAUAUUUCGUCCUGUGUUAUCCAUUAUCAGUCUACGGUGUAAAAAAACCAAACAAAAACAUAUAUAGGUCCUUAUAUCUUUAAACCGUUUUUUUUCCUUAUUGUCGGACACAACAAAGGUGCAAAUUGGAGACAAGGUAUCUUUAAAGAUUCUCAGUUUCAAGUUAACAUCAAAGUGUAUAAAUGUGGAGUCACGGACUGUAUUUCAGUGAUUUCAUUUACACUACUGGUAAUUUUGAAAACAAAAAUUAUGCCAUGCUUAUGUUUAUUUAAUGAUGGACGCAAUAUUAGGAUAUACCCCCUACAACCACAGACUUAUUAUAUCUCAUACUAUAUUAGAUAUCUGAACACCUAUUUAAGUUUACCUGUUGGUGUCUUUUUCUUGUUUCAUUUCUGUAUACUAUACAAGGUGUGCCCCCUGGUAAAACGGUUUGAUAAUGAAAUUGUAUCAUCCCUACUACGUCUUCCAAUGUCAAAUACGUAGACACCCAUCUAAAGAUAUAGAACAGAGACGAGAGAGCCAGGCAAGUUAAAACAGAAAGUUCGUUGCAUGGAGUAUUUCGUUUCAUUAAUUCAUUUAAAUCCGAGUGCGGGUAAUGACCUUUCUGGUGAGAUUUUGACGGUUCGCUCACGGUAGGAGGCGAUAACGAUUAGUUAAUUACAUUACUGAAUUCAUAGAUCUGGUGUCUUGCAACAAAGUGCAAACAAGGACGUUGGUAUGUCCAGGGGCCCGUGUUUGUCUAACUCUGAAUUUUCUAUUCCUUACAGGAGUUACGAGAUUGCUCAAUGUUCGUUAUAUUCACCUUUUGUUUAUUAGCUUGAUUUUUUUUACACAUACAUGAUCAUGCGGUGUAAAAUGUUUUGAGAAAAAAAUAUAUGUUGUUACAUGUACGUAAUAUCGCUAUGUAAAUACAUGUCGGACCAUCUUUUCAUUCAUUGGGUUGCACUUUUACAAGCAAAUCAAUUGAUCAUUUGUUUAUAUUUUGAAGUUCAUGUUGUUCGAUUACAAACAUUCUGAUGAAUUUCGAGAUGAUAAGGUUGUCCUUAUCAAACAAUUCGUCAUCGUUAAUCAUCCAUUUGAGUUUGAAUAGAAUCAGCAGUAUAAAGUAUGCAUAAGUUUUGAAAGAGUAAACGAGAAGUUGAAGCUUAAAUCUACAAAUCAAUCAGUUUAUUUUUCACGAAGUCUGCAAUGAAUUAAUUCAAAAGAGGUGCGGUUACACCAAUCGGAUAAAAUGCACAAUGAUGUGUGUUUACUUCUUUGUGUGCCUGUGUCUGCAUUAAAACAAAUCUAAUUUUGUGAGAAUAACCAACAAUUGCUAUCUGAUUUUAAAGCAAUAUAAUUUGGUAGUAGUAAUAUACGAAGCAAACAAAUCUAUAGAAAAGACGUUUUAAACUCACUGUUAAAUUGAUUAAUGUAUGCCUUAAACAAACAGAUUUGGGAAAUAUUUGAUGCAACCAAAACACUAGAAAUUUGUAAUUAGAUCUUAUGUAAAAGUACUUUUUUACAAAAGAGCUUGAAAACCCAGAAUGAUCCGUUUAAAAAAUACAGCUGGUAUUUCGUGGAUUGUCGAAUGUCAUUUUGUACUCAUGCUUAGUUCUGGAAAUUAUCUGUAGCAUACCGUAUAUCAAGAGAUUUGUGCAAAAUUUAUUCCAAAUAAAUAACGAAAUCGAUCAAACGUAAAAACAGAAACGCAAGGGAUUUUUGCAUGUAUGUUAUUGAAUUUGGGAAAUAUCUCAAAAUGAGUUAUGUCCUUUGCGAUAUACAUGUAACUAUGUCCAUAAUUUUAUGUGAUUAUAUCAAGCUUUCAUGAAAAAUUUGAAAAAUCGAACACAAAAAGUAAUCAAUCUUAUAAUCCUAUAAAGAAUACAACAUUUGAUAUGGAAUGUGGCGAACACGAACUCCUGGAAACACCAGAGGUGAGACUAGGGAUUUAGGAGGAGUCAGUAUUCCCCAAUAACUGGUUGGACCCUAUAUCUUGAUCAUGUUUUCAUUUCAGAAAUAUUUCGCAUUAUGGUAAUCCCAUACACUAACUUUCCCCUAAGACAAAAUAUUCUUGUUGGCAAAUUUUAGAAUAGGAAACACUUAUAAAGAAGAUCUUGUGAGAUUUUGUUAGAAUUCUGAUGUUUAUUGUUAGAAGGUUUAAGUUUAUUUCCCCUGUAGGUGAUUUGUUUUCCAUCCGGAUUUCUUAGAAUUUUUUUUAAUUCUCAUAGGAAUUUAUUAAAUGUUUAUUUUCUAAUACCUUAAUUUUUUUUUAAAGAUUUUUUCUAAUGGUGUAUUUCAAAGUCACCUGCGUAAAAGAUAAUUUUUGAAAUGUGUACAUGAUACUCUAUUUGCGGACAUCAUUGAAUCUUUAAAAAGUAAAAGAAUGGUACGCGAAUGUGGUGACACUUGGAAAUUAACAUAUUUAUCCACAGAACAUAUUAAUAGUAUAUAAUUGUCUGAAUAUGUAAGACUAUUCAUCGAAAUUCAGUACACAAUGCUGAAUCUUGUGUAACCUGUGAAUUGUUUUUUUUUUAUUUUUAUACAGUAGCGCCGAGUUGAAAUAAUUCAAAAAAGCAUAGGUACUGAUAAGAUUUGCUCGAGAGCUGACUCGACACUUUGUGAAGUACACGUGCACUUUUAUUGAAGAUCGGGGGUCUCUUCGCUAGGAUUUAAUUCGUUCAAUUACAUGUAGAUAGUUGUUAGUCGCUACAAGUUAUUGAUAUGUGUUCAACAUGCGCUAAACUUUUCUACUGCAAUGAUGUCCACGACUAAACAUAUUCUGUGUCCUACUGAC